AUGCGCCACUCGAGUUUCAAACCCAGGGAGACCCGCCGUGUGCUUUCCAGAGCUUUGAGACGUCUUAAAAUCCGAUUCCGCCUCACUCGCCCCGGAGCCGGCGCGAUUCUUCCCCUUUCCGCUUCCACCCGCGGUUCCCCUCCUCCUUUCCCCCAUUCGCGCGUAGACCCGUGUCAUUCCGUCCGCGAAUUCCUCCCUGUCGCUCCGCGCUCCCUCAUCCCCGCCGCGUUCGCGCUCUCCUCCCACUUCCCCCCUCCCCACCUCAUGCUCCCUCCACUUCCCCUCCGC